AUGGGCUUUAUUCUUCACCCUGGAGCUUACUUACGAAAUGGCUGGAACAUUUUAGAUUUUAUUGUUCUCAUUGUUGGGUAUGUAUAUUUAGAUCUAUUGACACUAGUUUAGUCUAGGCUUCCUUCUGUAGUAACAGUUUACACAUCUUAAUUGGUUUCCUCAAUUUUUCAGAAUUAUUGGUGCAGUUCCUGAAAUGAGUCAAGAAACGAAAGAUAAUUCAGAAGGAAUUAAAGCCUUGAGAGCCAUUAGAGUUCUAAGACCAUUAAAACUGGUGUCUGGCAUUCCCAGUAAGUUGGUCUAGCGGCAGUUUGUCUAGCAUGCUCAUGAGCAUGCUCAUGAGCAUACUGGAUUUGGGUAUAUAUGCUCAUAAUAAUAAUAAUAAUAAUAAUAAUAAAUUUAGGAGCAUCCUACAGAAUCUCGAUGCUCUUACAAGGAUCAAAAUCUUAUAGUUUAUACUAUAUUACAUGUAUGUGUCGUAUUUAGUCAGAAUGACGUAUAUAUAUAUAUAUAUAUAUAUAUAUAUAUAUAUAUAUAUAUAUAUAUAUAUAUAUAUAUAUAUAUAUAUAUAUAUAUAUAUAUAUAUAUAUAUAUAUAUAUAUAUAUAUAUAUAUAUAUAUAUAUAUAUAUAUAUACAAAUCUUGUAUGCUCAUGAGCAUACUCGUAUAUAUACCAAAAUCCAGGCUGCUGAUCCAUAUUCUUAUUUUUUGCAGGUUUACAAGUAGUGAUGAAAUCAAUAGUUCGCGCUAUGAAACCUUUAAUGCAGAUUUUAUUUUUGAUAACAUUUAUAAUUGUAAUAUACGCAAUAAUUGGUCUCGAACUGCUUGUUGGUCGUUUUCACUGGACCUGCCAAAAUAGUGAAACGGGUAAGAUUAUUGAAACAUCCUAGAACUCGUGGAAUUUCAAUAUUUCGUGGAAAUCAGCCAAUGUAAUAUUUUCCAGGUAAGAUCAAUGAUACUCUGCUGUUAAAUCGUCCGUGUGGCGACGAGGGAGGUCGAACGUGUGGGCCUGGGGAGAGAUGUGAAUACAUCAACUCUAGGGCCGAGUGGCCUGGACCCCACUAUGGGAUUACAUCGUAUGAUCAUAUCUUCCUGGCCAUGUUGACCGUGUUUCAAUGUGUCACUAUGGAGGGUUGGACGGACAUUAUGUACAUUGUAAGUAAACAAUACAAUACAAUACAAUAUUUAUUACACUCAAAAAAAUACAUACUCAAUAAUAUCUAAAAUUACAAUUACAAAUGAUCAUAUGGGGCUAUUCUAGUCAGAUGACUUAUAACAAUGAUUUUGAAAGAAAUCAUGUUUCAGCAGACAGAAAUUAUAAUAUCGAGCACAAAAUGAAAAACAAAGAUACGACACACAGAGUAAAAAAACGCACAAAGAAAACCGAAAAUAAUAGUAUAGAUUAAUGAGAUCUUGGAGACAGCUACUUGAUCAAAACUAUUCGUACUGAACUAUUAACUGAUUUUUGAAUUGCUUUUUAAAACUUUUCAAAUCCAACUCUUUAAAAAUUUUAAACGAAAGGACUUGUGAUUUGACUUUCACCACGGUUUAUGUGCGCAGGGUGUCCAAGGGCCUUGAAAAUCCUGGAAAGUCCUUGAAUUGGAAAAAAAUAAUUCCAGGAAACUUUUCAACUUGCCCGGUGCGGACACACUCAGAGACAACAUCACGAACAUGUUACAUGUAUCUUCUCCUGAGUGCAUAUCAAACCAGAAACACACAAAUGAUGUUUCCUGUCGUUUGUGUUGUUGUAGAGUUUUGACGCUCGUGAAUACGAAUAUGGCGUCGUGACAUCAAUGUUGUACAUUUCAUUGCUGAUUAUUGGAUCGUUCUUCAUGUUGAAUCUAAUUCUUGGGGUUCUCAGUGGGUGA